AUGAAGAACUCGGAUGUCAACGAUUUGAAUAGUUCAACAAUUAUGGAACACAGUGAAACAACAUUGGGGAUCACUGAGGUUCAGGUUAGUGAAAACCUCAUGAAAACUACUGGAGAAACAGAUAAACACUUUUAUAUGACUACAAGGACAACGGAAGAAAAUAAGCAAGACAAGUCACAUUGGUACUUGUACGUUGUAAUUCCUUUGGUCGCCUCUCUAUUUCUUAUAUGCAUCGGUUGUAUAAUUUGGAGAUGGUUACUUAGAAGAAAGAGAAGUAAUGAAUGAUCCAUGAAAAAGUCUUAUAAAUUGCUUUGAAUACUCUGAACAAGUUGUCUCAAUUGCGCUUUUCAUUAGAAUACUUUAGAAUUUCAUUUGUCUUCUUACUAAUUUGGACAGUUAUUUCAUGAUACUUUGUACAUGCUUUUGAUUGUUAACAUGAUAGGUAAUGUUAUCUUUUUUAUAAAAUAUUAAACACUGUUUUCAA